UGCUCCCGCCCCGCCCGGCCUAGUCCCGCCGCCGGAGCCGAGCGCAGCGGAGCGGCCUGACCCGGUCCGGUGCGGAGCUAGCGGCGGCGCAGUGGAGCUGCCUUUCCGGUUGAGGGAGGGGUGCACAGAGGAACCCAGGUGUCCGGGGCCCUGCAGCCUCUGGGGAAGGGGGGAUUUGCUGCUUGUAGCCACAUCUCAGCAUCACCUAGAGGCAGGUGGGUCCCCCCCAGGGCAGGAUGGAGCCAGACGAGCCAUACAAUGGGGGCCCGGUGCUGGGCGCCCCCAGUGGAUCCAGCAUGGCCAUCAUCGGGGCUGAGGACGAGGAUUUUGAGAACGACAUCGAGCCGACGCCGGAGGACCACAGCAGCCUGUUCCAGAGCGUGGUGGUGGUGAAGACGCACCCGGCCUAUCUCAUGGCCUUUCUCCAGCAUGUGGUUCUGCAGUUCGACUCCUGCCCCAUGCUCUGCUACCUGCACGUGGAUCUGAUCCGCAGCGCGAGCCCCAAGGAGGGGAAGAAACUCUUCCUGGAUUUCUACCACACGUUCCUGGACAAGGCAGGGCUCCUGCGUGUCCCCAUCCCGGCCCAGGUGCAGUUUGAACUGGACCGGAUCCGCCCAGAGCUGCUCCCGGACGAGACCCUGCGCCAGUUCCUGAUCGACAUCCAGAACUUCCAGGAGCCCGAGAUCUCCCGGCAGCUGGAGGAUUUCAGGUCGAAGCGGAUGAUGGGGAUGACGCCGGGCGAGCAGGAGCUGGCGGAGCUGGAGUCGUAUCACACCCGGGAUCGUGGGAUCCGCGAGGCCAAGGAGAAGCAGCUGGCGGAGCUGCUGCUGGUGCGGCUGGAUGAGAUGCACCCCACGAUCUCCUCCGACGAGGAAAAAAGCUCCGCGAUUUUCGCCGCCAUCGUGACCUAUAUGAAGCACCUGGGCGUUAAAACCAAACUGGGCGAGAGCAAGAAAUCGAAAGGCAAUUUCUUCCGCAAGAAGAUGCCGGGGAGCCGGAAGCCCGAGGAGCCCCCCAAGCCGCGAAAGGGCUUCAGCCUGUUGGACGCCACGCGCUGGAACCGUGGGGACUCCCACAAUUCCGAUUUCAGACAAAGCAAAGUCCCCGAGGGUGAAGCGGAGAAGGCCACGGCCCCAGAGCGGAAGGGUCUCAAGUUGUUGGAGCGCAGCGAGAGCCGGACCAAGGGGGCCACGUCUGGGACCCCAGGGCUUGACCCCCCCGGAGUUUCUGUGACCGUGAACCCCCCUCUGGGGGAGGGGACCGAUGGGGAGGGGUUGGAGCCCCAGUGUCCCGUGGAGCCGGGGGAGGCCCCCCCCAGCGAGCAGCCCCCCGAGGACAAUGCUGAGAACGAUAGCCCGGAGCCCGGGGGGGCUGGCGGAGGGGAGCCCCCGCCGUCCUUUCUGCUUCCCCAGUCUGAGGAGACUGAGCCGCGCGUUUCGGAGCUGGAGCCGGAGCCGCCGACCUGGCGCCAGCGGGUCCCACCCGACGCCCUCCUCAGGCUGAAGAAAGGAGAAGUCAAGCGGCAGGAGGUCAUCAACGAGCUGUUCCUCACCGAACACGCCCACGUGCGGAUGCUGCGGGUGCUGCUGGAGCUUUUCUACCAGCCGCUGCUCAGCGAAGGAUUCUUCCAGGAGCCCGAGCUGGCCAACAUCUUCCCCGGCCUGGACGACCUGAUGGACGCACACACCCUGUUCCUCGAGAGCCUGAAGAAGCUUCGGGAGGAGAGCGACUGCGUCAUCGCUGAGAUCGGGGACACGCUGCUGGCCCGGUUUGACGGCACCGAGGGCAGCUGGUUCCAGAAGCUCUCGGCCCGGUUCUGCAGCCGCCAGUCGUUCGCGCUGGAGCAGCUCAAGGCCAAGCAGCGCCGGGAGCCGCGUUUCAGCCAGUUCAUCCAGGAGGCGGAGAGCCAGGCUCGCUGCCGGAGGCUGCAGCUGAAGGACAUCAUCCCCAUCGAGAUGCAGCGGCUCACCAAGUACCCGCUGCUGCUGGAGAACAUCGCCAAGUACACGGAGGAGCAGGACGAGCAGGCAAAGGUGCAGCGGGCGGCCGAGUGCUGUCGGCAGAUCCUCAACCACGUCAACCAGGAGGUGCGGUACAUGGAGAACCUCAUGAAGCUGAAGGAUUAUCAGAAGCGCCUGGAUCUCUCCAGCCUGAAGCAGAGCUCGGACCCGCUGCUCAGCGAGUUCAAGAACAUGGAUAUCACCAAGCGGAACCUGGUGCACGAGGGGGGGCUGACCUGGCGCGUCAGUAAGGACAAGGCUGUGGACGUGCACGUGCUGCUCCUGGACGACAUCCUGGUGCUGCUGCAACGGCAGGAGGAGCGGCUGGUUCUUCGGUGCCAUAGCCGCCCCCCCGGCCCCACACCUGAGCCCCGGCAGGUCCUGAGCCCCAUCAUCAAACUCAGCUCUGCCAUGACCCGCGACGUGGCCACAGACCGCAAGGCCUUUUACGUCAUCUUCAGCUGGGAGUUUGGAGCCCAAAUCUACGAGCUGGUGGCCCAGACGGUGUCAGAGAGAAAGAACUGGUGUGCUCUGAUCAGCGAGACAGCCGGGUCUCUGAAGCUUCCGGGGUCCAAUCACCAGAAACCGCGUCGUGCUGCCCCGAGUCUGUCAGCCCCGUACAGCCCCAGCUACUACCGGGAGCCGCUGCUGAACAGCUCGGAGAACGGGAACUGUCCCAAGGACACCUUGCAUUUGGAUGAUCGGGAGAAGGACGGGGCGCUGGAGGGGAUCGAGUUUGAGGAGCGCGGCCUGGAGAAGCCGGAGAAGGACUCGGAGCGGAUCCUGGUGGAGCUGCUGGCUCUGCACAAGCCCCAGGCGGCAGGGGGUGAGGCGCGGCUGGCAGCUGCCGUGCUGGAGAGAGUGUCUGCGCUGAAGAGGCUGCUGGUCGAGGGGUCCCCCCUGCCGGAGGACGGGGGCCGUGGGUCCCCCGAGGACGGCUGGUCACGGGCGCCGGAGAACAGGGGCGCAGGAGACAAGGAUGAGGAACGGGACGCGGGUGAUGGCGCCGAGAGCGAGGCGGGGGCGCCAGGGGGGGCCCCGAAUGGCCCCGGCUCUGCGGAUUGGGGGUCGCGGUGCCCGGACGGGGAGGGGCCCGGCUCCUCCCUUGUGCUGACGCCCCGGCAGGUGGAGGACGUGCGGCUCAGCUGCCAGCUCCUGGAGGAGGCUGUUCUCAGGCUGAAGGACAUGGAAGAGGAUUAUUCCCAGCUGCAGCAGCUCCUGGCCAAGUACAGCUCCCCCCCCUCGCCCAGCUUCACAUGAGGGGCAGCCCUGCCACAGCCCCCUCGCCACGGAGGAAGAGGCCGGCGGCCGGGGGUGUCCUGCCAGGGGGGUGCUGGGCAGGGGCGUGGGGCAGUGGGGAUGGAUGCUGGAGGGGGCUGGGUACCUCUGUUCUCUAGGACGUGCUGUGGUGCCAUGUACAGAGCCGGGGGUGCGUACACAUGGAGCUGGGAUCCGGGGGGUGAUUGGGUGGGUCUGGCUCACCCCCAGGCUCUGAAAUCCCCAGCGGGGGCACAGCCCAGUGGCUCCCUCUGGGACAAGACACCUCUUCCCCCAUCAGCCACCCUCGGGGGGGGGGGGGUCACCCCCAAAUCCGCUCCAGCAAACGCACAUCCUCCUCCACCCCCAAUCUGUCCCAUCCCCCGAGCCAGCCAGCCCCUGCCCUGGGGCCGGACCGGGGCCAGUGCUCCCUAGAGGGAAACAGCCCCAUGUCCCAUUCCCCCAAGGCUGUUUGCGGUAUCGGCCAGCAGGAGGUGCUGCGGCUGCAAAGUUUUCCCCACCCUGAGAUCAGUAUUUUUUGGGGGAGGGGUUACAUUCCACUGCCCCCCAUCCCCUGCCAUGUGCCUUAGGGGCCGACCCCCAGGAGCUGCUUUUAUAUAUAGAGCUAUUUUUUACUUUUGCUGGGAUAUUUUUAUAUAUAUGAUUUAUGGGGGGGACCCCAGACCCUGGAGUGUGGGGUGCAGGGGGGCACAGCAGUUGGUUUGUGCCAACAUGGCAGCUAGGCUGGCACAGAAUCAUUGGAACCAAAAAAAGGGGGGGCCGAUGGGAUGGGGGACGGGCCCCCUAAUUCCUUUGUACCCUAUGGGUGUCCCAUCCCCCCCAGACAAAGGGCUUUUUCCGGGGGCUUCCAUUGCUUUUACAAAAGCGAGUCAAAAUUUCCCAGAGAAUUUCUGGGAGUGUCCCCCACUUAGCCUCCUCCAUGCGCCCCUCCAGUUCUCUGCCUGCACCCCCAGCUCUGAGAGUUUUGGCUUUUUAAAAAAUAUAUUUUAAGAUUUCUUACAAUUCUGCUUUUUAAUGAGGUGUUUGUAUGGAGGGGGGAGAUUUGGGUUUAAAUGUCCCCCCCCGGGAGCCAAAGGCUGACACCAUCCCCCCCCAAAGGAGAGCUGGCUGAAGGUAUGAUGGAUUGUAGAUGUCUGGAAUCUGGGAUGGGAGGAGGGGGCACUGUGCUCCCCCCAGCUGACUCUGAGUAUAACUUGGGGGGGGUGCUAAGGUACGGGGGGGGGGUCACUGAAACAAAGAAACUGUAAAGAUAUCGGAUAAAAACCAUUCUUGCUUCA